AUGAACCAAGAAAAUGCUAAAUUAAAAAAAACUAAAGAUUCUAUUUUAAUCAAAAAAAAUGGGAAAUACUCAGAAGAAGUAAGGGAAUUGGCUAGAAAAAGAGCUAUAUAUAUAUUAGUAAUUGAAUGUGGAAUAUUAAUUACUUAUUUGAUUUUUCUUAUUGCUUACUCAAUUUAGGAUAAAUUUAAGAUGCUAUUUUUAAUCAUAUAGAUAGGAGUUGUAUUGAUUCUUUAUUUUAAUUAAGGUUUUCUUCUAAAUUCUUUCAAUUUGUUUCUCUGUUCACUCAUUAAUUUUUUUCAAAGAAUACAUAAUAUCCAAAAGUUCUAACUUGUAAAAUGUAUAUUUUAUUAUUUAUAGGAGUGUUCUUUUAUAUUGUUUGAUGAUUGCUCCAUUGGUUUUGAUGUACUUAGAGGUUGA